UAUUUAUCAAACUCAAGUUUUCCAAAAGUGCUGUAUAUUCCAAACUUGCUAUGUUUCUCAAGUCAUGAAAAAUAUAGUUGCUUCAGGGAAUUGUAUGCAUUAGUUAUUCCGAGCUUUAUUAAGCUAACAUUCCCAAAUUUCUUGAACUAAGGUUUCCAAAAGUACUACUGCCAAAUUAAGAACUAUAGAACCUAGCAAUUAUCAGAUUGAAGUACUGCGUUGCUACUUGCAAUGGCCGAAUCGAAGCCUGUUGUUUCCAAAGUGGAGAUGCCUUUGAAGAGAGGUGUGAUCAGAAUAGAAGAUGGUGAAACAAGCCAAGGCCACGACAAACGUGUCAUUCCCAUUGAUCAGGAGGCACAGAAGCAGAGCGGUUCAAGCAGAGAGGAAAGGAUUAAAAUGUUUAAGGAGGAGAAUGGAGUCCGAAUAUCCAAAACACCAAAAAUACAGAAGGUUAUAUUCUUGCUCCGAGAUCACAAAGAAUUCGUCAAGUACUAUGAGCCAAGAGUGGUAUCAUUGGGUCCUAUCCAUCAUGGAAAUGAAAAGUACCAGCUUGCAGAGACGUUCAAGCGUAAACUGGCAAAAGUAUUUGUCGAUAGUAGCGGCAAGACUAUUGAAGAAAUAUGCAAAGCUGUUGAUGGGAAAAUUAAGGAACUCAGGGAGUGCUUCGAGGAGGAGGUGACGAAGAAGUAUAACGAUGUUGACCUCGCCUGGAUAUUGGUCAUCGACGGUUGCGCAAUCCUUCAAUACAUUGACCUGGCUAUUAAUGACAAGUUCAAAGAUUUUGGUAUAAAAAAUGACAGUGUAGCCUUUUGUCAACAGGAUUUGUUCUUGCUGGAGAACCAAGUUCCCUAUCGUCUCCUCGAGUUGUUGAUGAGCUCGAGCCCUAAGCCUGUGGAAGACGCGUUGAGGAAAUCGGUCGAAAAAUUCAUUAAAAGAAACCACCACAUGGUACUAAUGGACAAAAGUCCGGAUUCGGAAUCUGGGAAGCACCCGACCCAUCUUCUCGACCUUCUGAGGUCAAGUCUUCUGGGCAACGCAAAGGAAAAUGGAAAAACAGAAGGAAAUCUGCCGACAAACCAGGAAGCCAGGGUGAGGAGCUCAGAUUCGCAAUCGUGUCGCACCGUGCAGGAGAUUAAAGCAGCAGGAAUCCAUGUGAAGCGAAGUAAAGCUAAUUCCUUGAGAAACAUAUCUUUUAGUAGAAAACUGAACCGCCUCCUGGGAGUCCUCUCUCUUCCUCCGCUAAUAGUGGAUGACUCAACGGGGCCGAAGUUAUUGAACUUAAUAGCCCACGAAAUGUGUCUGGACUUCGAUAACGACUUCGGCAUCAGCUCUUACGUAUCUUUCCUCGAUUCACUCAUCGAUCAAGCCAACGACGUCAAGGAACUGCGGAAAGCACACGUUCUCUUCAACUUCCUCGGCAGCGACGAAGAAGUGGCUAAGCUCUUCAAUGAGAUAGGCACCGACUUGGUGCCUGACCUCGACGAAUAUAAGCACGUCAGGACUCAGAUUCAGGAAUACUACAACAAAAAAUGGGGGAAAUGGUUGGGCGAAUUUGUGCACAAUCAUUUCAGCAGCCCCUGGACGGUGCUUGCUUUUCUUGGCGCAUUACUCGCGCUUGCUCUGAGUGCCACUCAGACUUGGUACGCAGUGGAUUCUCCCCCCGGCCCCUGCGAUAAGUUCUGCGAUAAAUUCAAUCAAAACUUGUGAAAGGGAUAUUGAUCGAUCGAAGGUACUGAUAAUUAAUUUGUUCGUGGUUUUCUUUUGCAACUAUCAUCAUCUUAUCUAAAGGAAAUGGCUUCUUUGCCUCGAUAGGGCGGUUGUUUCCGAUUAAUAAACGAACCGUAAGAGUUCUGCAUUUGUCAUGAUUUCGCAUAAGGUCAAUGCUCCUAAGACCAUGUUAGUGUAUUGAUUUGUUUGUUUUGGUUGUGUAACGUGUUUGAGAUGAAAUAAAAUAUGAUUCAGAUAUAUAUCUUGUGUAGGCUGAGCACCGAUCGUGUAGGAGUCGGUAUUCAUCUUUCUCAUCUCCCAUAUAUAAUAUAUUUUCUUAUGAACGAGAGGCAUUAUAACAUCUUUAUUCCUUUUUCAAUUUUCAGGAUAAAGGAAUUAGUCUUACUUAAAAGAAUAUUUGUACAAUGGAAUCAUGAUAUACAGCACGCAUGCUCUCUCUCU